AAUUAUCAGAAUUUCGAGAUUGAUACCAUAGAGUAAAUGAACAUAUAAACCAAAUAAAAUUUAGUAUGCACUACAAAAGCCAAUAACCACGUAAAUUUCUUCUUGUUUUGCCUUUCUAGCAACCAAAAAAACACUUCUUCUCUUGCUACCUAUUUACGUAUCUUUUACGCAUGAAGAUUAUUAAUUCUGUCUUCUUUGCAUGUUUUUUCAUGUUUUUGACUUUAUAUAUUCAUCAAAUUACUAAACACUCUUUCUUGUCUUUCUCAUUCUAUACUUCAUAUUUGAACACUAGAGUUUUAUAACUCACUUAUUGAAUCAUCAUAAGAAUGUUUUCAAUGAAGUUUUGGCUAGCUUUUGUGUUGAUCAUAUCAGGAAUUUUUGGAGUUUCUUUGAAUAUUGUUGAAGGAAAGCCGCGUAGGAUUCUUUUGGAUACAGAUGUUGAUACCGAUGAUUUCUUUGCUUUACUAUAUCUUUUGAAGCUCAACAGAUCAGAGUUUAAAUUAGAGGGAGUUACUGUGAAUGCAAAUGCUUGGACUAAUGCUGGACAUGCUGUGAAUCAAAUUUAUGACUUACUUUACAUGAUGGGAAGAGAUGACAUAGCAGUUGGAGUGGGAGGUGAAGGUGGAAUACUCCCAAAUGGUACCAUACUUCCAAAUGUUGGUGGAUACCUUCCAAUUAUAGACCAAGGAAUGGCAACAGCAGGUGAUUGCAGAUACAGGCAAGCCAUACCUGUUGGUUUUGGAGGUCGUUUGGAUGUCGAUACUAACCUCGGCAUCCGCAAAGCUUUCCUUCCACAGGGGAAAAGAAAAUAUACUCCGCUACGACAACCAACUGCUCAGCAAGUGCUGAUUGACAAAAUAUCUGCAGGUCCUAUAACUCUCAUUGUGACUGGAGGACAUACAAAUUUAGCCAUUUUCCUUAUGAAUAAUCCACACCUAAAGAAAAAUGUGGAACAUUUUUACAUCAUGGGUGGUGGUGUAAGGUCGAAAAACCCUACUGGUUGUUGCCCCAAAAAUGCUUCCUCUUCUUGCAUACCAAGCAAGUGUGGUGACAUUGGAAAUUUGUUCGCAAAUUUUAAUGCAAACCCUUAUGCAGAGUUCAACAUAUUUGGAGAUCCUUUUGCAGCAUACCAGGUGAUUCAUUCUGGUAUCCCGGUUACCCUUGUUCCUCUUGAUGCAACAAACACGAUUCCCAUCAGUGAAGAAUUCUUUGAUGAAUUUGAAAAGAAUCAAGACACAUAUGAGGCACAAUAUUGUUUCAAGUCCUUGAAAAUGACUCGUGAUACUUGGUUUGACAAUAAUUUUUAUACGAGUUAUUUUAUGUGGGACUCUUUCACAAGUGGUGUAGCAGUUUCAAUCAUGAAGAACUCUAAUAGAAACAAUGGGGAAAAUGAAUUUGCUGAAAUGGAGUAUAUGAACAUAACUGUGAUUACUUCAAACAAACCUUAUGGUAUAUCUGAUGGCUCCAAUCCCUUAUUUGAUGGCCUCAGAGUUCCUAAAUUCAAUCUUAAGAAAGGUGGUGUACAUAGUGGUCAUAUUCAACAAGGACUAACAGAUCCAUUUUGCUUUGUCAAGAAUGGCAAAGGAAGAUGUCAGGAUGGCUAUACAAAAGAGUUGAAUGGUCAAGACUCAGUGAAGGUUCUUGUAGCUACAAAAGCAAUGCCUAACAAGGAUAAAAAGAGCUCACUUGAUAGAGAAUAUUUCAAAAGCUUCUUAAAUGUUCUAAAGCAACCACAACAUAGUGGGAGAUUCAAUUUCACUACACAGUUUCCUUACUAUGAAAAAGUAACUUACAAGCCAGAUUUUAAGAACAUGAUACUAGGAAAAUCUAUUGUGUUUGACAUGGACAUGAGUGCCGGGGAUUUUCUAUCUCUAUUUUACCUCCUUAAAGUUCCUGUUGAAGUUAUCAAUCUUAAGGCAAUCAUUGUAAGUCCAACUGGGUGGGCAAAUGCAGCAACAAUAGAUGUAAUCUAUGACUUACUGCACAUGAUGGGUCGUGAUGAUAUCAAAGUUGGUAUUGGUGAAUUUUUUGCAAUGAACCAAUCAAACCCAAGUGUUCCACCAGUUGGUGACUGCAAGUAUGUUAAAGCCAUUCCUAAUGGAAAUGGUGGGUUUCUUGACUCUGACACUCUCUUUGGACUUGCUCGAGAUUUGCCUCGUAGCCCUAGAAGGUACACAGCAGAAAACUCUAUCAAGUUUGGAGCACCUAGAGAUACUGAUCACCCUGAACUCAGACAACUGCGAGCUAUGGAGAUUUGGGAGUCUAUAUUGCAAACACUGAAACCAGGGUCUAAGAUUACAGUAUUAACCAAUGGACCCUUGACUAAUUUAGCAAAGAUUGUAUCAGUUAAAAACAUAAGCUCUAGAAUUCAGGAGGUAUAUGUAGUGGGAGGACAUAUCAGCAGGAAUGACAAUGACAAGGGAAAUGUCUUUUCUGUUCCUUCCAACAAGUAUGCAGAAUUCAAUAUGUUCUUGGAUCCUUUAGCAGCAAAGACGGUGUUUGAAUCGGAAGUUAACAUCACACUUGUUCCACUUAGUAUCCAGCAAAAAACAAGUUCUUUUUCGAGUACUUUAAGAUGGCUCAGUAGGACAGAAAAAACGCCUGAAGCGGUAUUUUCCAAGCGUCUUCUGUCAAGGCUUCAUCGUUUGAAGAAAACUCACCACAGAUAUCAACAUAUGAACACAUUCUUGGGGGAAAUUCUAGGUGCUGUUGUCCUAGCUAAUGGCCAUUCAAGUCUUGAUGCAAAAUUUGAGUCCAAAUCUGUGAAAGUUUUAGCAGAAGGGGAUGAAUCUACUGAUGGAAAAAUGGUAGUAGAUGAGAAACAUGGAAAAUUAGUGAGAGUUUUAAGGCAUGUUGAUGCAAAGACCUAUCAUGAGAUAUAUACAAAGAAGCUAGGUGAUCCUAACCAAUCAGCUAAGAUUGGAAGCUUCAAAGAACAAAAGAGGAAAUGGAGUCAACCACAUGAUAGAAAUUAAUUAAAAGCCUGUUCAUGAUUGUGAAUUUUUUUUUUUUACAAACUAUAGCUUUUAAUUUAUCAUGUGAAUGAUGAUCGGUAGAAGUUCAAAAAAGCAACAUAGGAUACAUAGUACAGCUUAUAUCACACACAAUCGCGGCCAAGAAAGACGAAUUUGUUUUAAUAUCUAUAAUUGGAUUUCAAUUUUUUACAGUUAUGUAAUUGCGAGUCUCAAUUGUAAGAUGAAGAUCAGAUAACUCGUCUUUUAAUAUGUAUUUUAAGUUUCA